GAAAAUAAAAAUAGUAUAGCCAUGGCGCCUGACGCGGCCUUCUCAAAUAUAAGUGAUAAGAACGAAUUCACGAAGUUUGCCAAAUUCCUUGCGUACAAAGGUGUACAAAUUGUAGUAGAAUCGAGAAAAGGUGUCAAAAUAGAAGCCAACAGUAAACCGAGGACAACAGACUCCGAUUGGUUCAAUCUACAAAUACCGGAUUCACCUGAAGUCAAUCAGGCGACAAAGAAUGCAUUGCCAUCGGAUAAGAUAUUAGAAACUAUAAGGUCACAACUCCAUGUUGAAAUAUCAGUGCAAACGGAAGAUGGUGAUGAAAUGGUUUUAGAGUUGUGGACUUUGGAAUUAGAUGAAGCACAAUUUGAUACAUCCUUAAAGGCAAUGAAUACGGUGUAUUUUAGAAUGGGCAUUCUACUGAAGUCGGUUAUUACGAUAAGUAGAAUAACACCAGCGUAUCACUUGUCAAGAAAACAACGUACCGAAUCUUUUACUAUAUUCUACAGAGUUUAUAACGGUGAACCAAAACUCAAAGCAUUGGGGGACUCUGUUAAGAAAAUCCAAGCGGGAAUGUUAAAGACACCUUUAGGGGGAUUAUGUUUUACGGUAUCAUAUCGUACAAACUUCUCAAUAUCACCAAAUAGAUCGGAAAAAAGUAAAACAUUGCUUUUAAAGAGUGACCACUUUGAGUUGAGUCCGAAACAUGUUAUCUUUGAGUCUAAAAAGACUAAAAUAAUUAAAGAGAAAGACGUAAAACCUUCCAGACCAGUGGAUUUGAACAAACCAUUACGUUUAGCUGCAUUCGCCGACGAAGUGAUUAUACAGAAAGCGGUUAAUGAGUUUUUUGAAAAAAUUCCAAUGCCAAAGUUCAAAAAAUAUCCAAGACCAAAAACACCAAUCAAAGACAAAGCGAUGGAAUCAAAGAGUACUCAGGAUUUGGAUCUCACGAUUAUGUCAAAGAGUCCAACAUCAUUGGAGUUACCACCGAAGAAGUUUUCAGGGUUCCGUGGUGAAAAUGAACCUCCAUUGAAAUUACUUCAUUUUCCUUUCGCUGAUAAUCAUCCGAUACGUGAAUUGGCAGAGUUUUACAAAGAUUUUUUCAAUGCACCACAUUUGAAAUUGACAGAAGAACAACAGCAAGUCAGCAAGGAUAUAGAUGUUAAGGAAUUGGAAAUAGGUGGUGAGGAUUUAUCCAAGGAUUUGGAGUUAUACGAGAGUUCAGUUCUUGAAUUUGAUGAACUUCUCGCUGAUAUGUGCAGGUCGGCUGAGUGGAGUGGCAAUUAGUGGGAACAUUUGGUAAUGGGUGAAGACUGAAAUGUAUAGGUUUUUGAAUAAAUAUUUUAUUUCUUUGUUAAAUGAAAUGCGGUAUGACUUUGAUUGUGGGGUGUGAUUUUUGAAUUUAUUUAGUUGUUUUAGUACUGAUUUUCUAGUUUGUAUUCUAGUAGUAGAAUUUGAUUGUAAUAAUUAUUUAGAUUAAUGCCGUUGUGUCAAAAAUAACAUCCCUUAUUUGAAUUCCUAAACAUUCCUUAUGACAAAAAUUAUUGGUUUGUAAAUAUUUUAUUUCUAAAAUAAUUAGUUCCUAUAUUAUCUUGCAAACACUAAUUUGAAAUAUGUACAAAUUACAUUUAAGCAAUACAAACAUAUCCAAUUUUUGGAAGACAAUAGACAAAAAAUUAUUUUUUAUGUCUAUGGUCAAUAAAAAUAUAAUUUCACUCAUAAAAUUUUCGUAAGAGUCUUAUUUA